GCAGCUGUCAGUGUGUCAGUGUGGGCUGCUCGGUUAAAGGUGGAGUCUCCCGGCGGGGCGGUGCUUCUCAGCAGUAAAGUAGACAGAAGGGCUCCGGUGCGUCAAUAUCUCUCAUCUGCCUCGUGGAGUCGACGUUAAAGGACAAAUAUAAACAUUCAUAUUGAACCCAAAUUGUUUUUUUUUUAACCUGUUUGGAGGUGAAGGUGUGCACAGGUGAGGCUGAGCUCACCUGGAGGAGACUUUAACUUCAACAGCAGCGACGGUGAGUUCAGAGUUUCAGAUGCAGCGUAAACCAGACACACAUGGAUGUCAGGAGGAGGAGGCCCAAUGAUGCUGCCAACCUCGAUCUACUCGGCUUCAGCACCCAAUAGUUUCAGUCACGUCAGCCAGCUGAGCAGGUACCUCAGCAGCCACCACAACACGCCUGAAGAGGACGAUGAGACCAUGAGCACUCAGGAGCAAGAAGCCAACGUCGUCCACAAGCCAGACGCCACCCCCGACCCCGACGUCCACCUCCACCGCCCUCCUCCAGAGCACGCCGCCUUCGCCGAUGACUCCCUGUUCAGCAGGCCGAGGCCGGUCAGCGAGCAGGAACACAAACACAACCACGCCCUGCCUCCUCCUGGCUCCAGCUACUGCUCCUACCAGCCCCCCCGCAGCCUACCUGCCGGCUACAGCCAGCCCACGCCGUUCCCCAGUCAGGCCGACGGCGCCUGGCUCCACCCGAGCUUCGCCAGCAGCUGGUCAGGGUAUCCCAACAGCCUGCCGUCGUCACUGAGCCAGAAAGAUUACUCCAGCUGCUCCGGGGAGAGCUGCCUGUCGGGGUACAAGUUUGUGUCCCUGCCCGGCCGCCACAGCCCCAGCAUCAGCAGCUUAGAGCAGCCGCUCUCGCUGUGCUCCAACCCGCCGUCGGGCAGCUUGUGCCACCAUACAUUGUCUCCGUACACGUGCUCGCCACAGGGAGCGGCCUGCUGCGCCCAGCGCCCUGCAGACGCCUUCAACAGGGGGCCUGUGGCCAACAAACCGCCGUGGCCACCGUACCACCCGGCCUACGACCCGUACUAUCCCGGCGCCUGCAGACUUCCUGGAGCCGGAUACACACCAAUCGGCCACAAUGCUCCGGCUAAAGAGAAGCAUCCUCCUCACAGCACGCCGCUCUCUCUGGAGCAGAGGAGGGUGUUUGUGACGUACGAAGCGGACAACGACAAGCACGUCAACGAGAUCAUCAAGUUUGUCGCUCUGCUGCGACACAACGGCUUUGAUACGCACAUCGAUAUAUUUGAGCAGCAGUUCAGGAGUAUAAGCAAGAUAGACUUCAUGGAGCGAUACCUCAGUGAGAAAGAGUACCUGAUCAUCAUCAUCAUCAGUCCCAAGUACUACGAGACGGUGACGGCCUCGCCGGUCGGCCUGGUGAACGACGAGAGGACCUUCAACACCGUCUACAUACACAAACAGCUGCAGAAUGAGUUCAUCCAGAACGGAAGCAAGAAUUUCAGGUUCAUUCCCAUCGUGUUCCCCGGGGCUAAAAAGUGUCACGUCCCAAACUGGCUCCAGAACACGCACGUCUACGAAUGGCCGCUCCAUCGCGACGACAUCCUGCGGCGGCUGAUGAGGGUGGAGAAGUACAACCCGCCUCCUAUCGGAGCGCUCCCGACCAUCGUUUCCAUCCCCAUAUAGAGACGUCGGACCCGAGGACGCAGGACUGGACUCUUUGGAUUAAACGUUUGCGGAGGACUGCUGGCGGUUGUGGAGGUGAACGGGGAUGUGCACGAUGUGGUGGUGAUUUAGGGUGCCGUGUGGACGUUUCUCCUGGAUUAUACUGUAUGUUGAAUGAUUAGAGCCUUUUAAAUGCCACGUCAGUUUUAAGUGUUGAUGUGACCUGGAGGCUCUCAGUUUUAAUCUCUGAUGUUUACUGGUGCUUUUACAGCCGGACAGGUACAAUGUUUACUUCUUUAAUUUAAAAAGUCUUGAUUCAUAGAAUUUGAACACGUGUUUGAUGAUUAAACAGCCGACAGAUGUGAUGAAUAGUUUAGUGACAUAUGUUUGAGCUUCCAUUUAUGAGAAGUCAACACGCCGCCUCGGCCAGAUUAUCUUUCUUAUUACAGCGUCUAUCUAGAGCAAACAGCCGCCCGCCUGGAGGUGGUGUUGUGAAGAGUCAAAGUGACGGAUGAUGCAUAAAGAGGAUCAUAAUUUACUUUCAUUUGUUUUGUGUUUAUGGCAGAUGUUGUUUAAAGUGGAGGCAGAUUUACGCCUCGUUUCCACACAGUUCUGUUUUGCGUCUGUAAUUCUGUCUAGUAUACGGAUUAUUACGCCUCCUGGCGCGAGGAAGUGCUUCUCUUUACGGAUGGAUAGAAACGUCACCGCGGAUACGGGAGAGAGGUUAACUUUGUCUACUUUUCGCACAGACUGUAUAAAAGCAGUAGAAGUCGUCACCGUGACGUCACCCGGACUACGGUUCUGAAGCCUCGAGCUCGUCAUCUUAGUCGUCUCCAAUUGUUUUUCUGUCCGUUGCCAUCUUGACUUUUGUCCGUCGCCAUCUUGACUUUUGUCCGUCACCAUCUUGGUUUUUGUCCGUCGCCAUUUUGGUUUUUGUCCGUCGCCAUCUUGGUUUCUGUUCGUCGCCAUCUUGGUUUCUGUC